AUGGAGCAUGGCGACCAUGUUUUGAAUCUGUCCGACGUGGUACACGAUGAUACUAUAGGCGACGACGGAGAUACAGACUUGAACUCCCGUCACCACCGCGGACGUUCCGCAGAGUUCGACCCAACCUCUUCCAUGCUAGCUCCCUUGCAUGACAGCUAUCCAAUCUCCGAACAAUCCUCCCACCAUAUCUCACCCGCCGACACGUAUUCAGUUGAGAUGCUCGAACGUGAGAUCGCAAGCCUUCUCAACCAGAAUGCUUCAGCUGCGUCUGCAGCUCUUCUUAGUGCUGCUGCCCAACAACGCCAAGCUAACAUGGAACUCGGAAGAGGAAGCAACGGGUGCAUGGUCGACCAAUCGGAGAACCAUAAUGUGGCUGGAAUUGGUAUUGGCCUUAGCGGGUUGGCUGCUGUGCUUCAGGCAGUUCAGGCACAGGCCGUCAGUGAACGUGGAAGCGAGCAGCAAAGCAUUGCGGAGAAAGAACAAAGGACGACUAGGACGGCCCCAGCAUUCCAUUCUCUCACUGCUGGACAAACCCAAGAAGUUGAUCGGAGAAAGAGAAGACGGGGUGAAGGGAAAGGCGGCUCAGAGGGUUCGGAUUACCUUUUCUCAGAUGGCGAGGACUCUAGUGAUAGGGGCAAUCUCGCUGAAGCCCAAGGCAGACAUACGCCCCUGCCACACCGUCAAACCGAGCAUCCAACAGUUGGGUCAUCUAUGGAGGAACUACCGCCUGUCACGGGUGAAUUUUCCGAUAUCAGUGACAUUCUAAAUCACUUCACCUCCCAAUUUGAGCCAGAGCGAGUACAUGGUACAAGUAACGGCCUGUCGACGCCAGAUGCAUCCCCCGUCAUCUCACAUUCCCGCAUUGUAGAAUCGCAACUACAGGCACCAUCGCCCCUACCUAUUUUAGCCCCUUCAAAUCGCCUUGGUGCACCCCAGCCUGUAGCCUCUACAUCUUACACUCCUCAAGUGAGUGACAUGACGAACAAGAAAGUCAAGAAGACCAAGGACAGAGAAAAGGGUCCUCUUCUCCAUACUUGCGAACAAGAGCAGUGUCAGAAGUCUUUUACUCGUCGAAGCGACCUAGCUCGCCAUAUGCGCAUCCAUACAGGCGAAAGACCAUUUUUAUGCUCACACAAUGGUUGUGGCAAGACCUUCAUUCAGCGGUCAGCCUUGCAUGUUCAUUCACGUGUACACACGGGAGAGAAGCCUCACUGCUGCGAAUAUCCAGGUUGUGGCAAGACAUUUGGUGACUCAAGUAGUCUUGCACGACAUCGACGAACACAUACAGGGAAACGACCGUACAAGUGCGAGGAUCCAUCUUGCGAGAAGACUUUCACCCGCAGAACAACUCUGACAACGCAUAUGCGAACACAUGACCCCACCUGGGAGCCGGAUCCUACCGUGAAAUACAAUUUCAAAGGAAAAAAACGUAAAAUCGGAGAGGACGAGGAUGAGGAUUUGGCGGAAUCUGUGAGAACAAUAUCUGCCCUUUUCCAAGUAGGUGGACCGGGGGUCCUACCGCCACGCGAUUCACACUCGGAGGAAACUCUGGAGGUACGCGUCGCUAGUAUUAGUGCAGAGAUCGCAGCAGCCAUUGCCCAAGCCCAAUCUCGAGUGUACGAAGAUGAGGAUGACGGAGAAGAGGAAGAAGAUGGAGGCGAGGAAUCGGGAUCAGGUCAGGAAAUGGGGGGUCACGAAAUGAUCGGACCCAACACCAGCGGGAUUCGCGGUCUUGAUGUGGGAGAGAAGGACGGUCAGGUUUUGACUCUAGGUGACGAAGACGACGAUAGUGAUGCAUUUCCGAUGCCUUUGCGAGUGCGCAAGCCCCGAGAACCAACAGUUGGGAUGAAGAGGAAACGGUAG